UGGGCAAAGCGCUGAGUCACUCCCGCUGUCCCCUCCUGCUGUCGCCUCCCGCUGGCCGGCAUCGGCCGCGCAGCUGAGGCCAGCGGCGAGCGGAGCCCGGGGACUGCCCCGCGGCGAGGGCCGUGCCCGGCGUGCUCGCAGCACUACCCGCACUCCCGGGGACAGCGAGCGAGUGACCUUGCGGGACAGCCUCACGUCAUGGUGGACUACUACGAAGCGCUGGGGGUGAGCCGCAGUGCUACCGCCGAUGACAUCAAGAAGGCGUACAGGAAGGCUGCGCUGAAAUGGCACCCGGAUAAAAACCCAGACAACAAGGAGUAUGCUGAGCAGAGGUUCAAGGAGAUUGCCGAGGCGUACGAAGUGCUGUCGGACAAACAAAAGCGUGAUAUCUAUGACCGUUAUGGCAAGGAUGGACUCAUGGGUGCAGCAGGAACAGGAGGCUCUGGGGCCAGUGCUGGGGCUCCCGAAUUCACUUUCACCUUCCGCAGUGCUCACGACGUCUUCCGGGAGUUCUUUGGCGGGCGAGACCCCUUUGCUGACUUCUUUGAUGAGAUGCUGCCCUUCUCUGAGCUGCGAGGACCUGGCCCAUGGCACCACAGAGGAGGUCACUUCUUUUCCACCUUCCCAGGAUCCUCAGAUUUCUUUGCCUCGUCCUUCAGCUCCGGUGGCAACAGAGGGCUGGGCUUCCGCUCCGUCUCCACCUCUACCACCUUCGUUAAUGGCAAGCGCAUCACCACCAAGCGGAUUAUCGAGAACGGGCGGGAGCGGGUGGAAGUGGAGGAGGAUGGGGAGCUGAAGUCGAUCCACAUUGAUGGUGUCCCCGACGACAUGGCGCUGGGGCUGGAGCUGAGCCGGCGCGAGCAGCAAGCCUUCCCCAGCACACAGCCCGCCUCGCCACCCGCCCCGCGCCAGCCCGUGAGCUCCUCGCCCGUCUGCCUCUACACGGACAGCGAGGACGAGGAUGAGGACUUGCAGCUGGCCAUGGCCUACAGCCUCUCGGAGAUGGAGGCUGCGGGUCACCACCGAGCAGGUGGGCACGGCCCCGGCACCCCAUCCUCCUCCCGCAGAGCCCGCGGCACCCGGGGGGGGCCGGAGCGGGAGGUGGCGGGGGCCGGCAGCCCCGCCACAGAGGGGCAUGAACCUGCUGCCUCCAAAGCGAAGCAGUGGCACUGCCCCCUGCUCUGAGAAUGGGGCUGAGGCUGUGCCCCUACCGUGGGGCAAAGAGAGAAAACACGGGUGUUGCUGUGUGGGGCUCGGCUCCUGCCUUCCCCAGCAAGGUUGGGGGCUCUCCUGCCCUGCCUCCUUUCUGCCACUGAGGUGGGUGGGCAGGCAGCUGGUGGCACCCCGGGGCGGGGGGGCUGCCACAGUUGGGGGUGGUGGCUGGAAGAGGGGCGCUGGUGGGGUUCUGGAAGCACAGGAUGCCUGCGAGCAGGUGUGCCCUGGCUCCAGCUGCUCCUCUCUCCCUGCCUGCCCUGCAGACACAGGGGCUCCAGGCACUGCCUCCCUGGCUGCUGCCUGCCCCUGCCCAUGCUGAAAGUACUGGGGUUGAGCUCUCUCUCCUUGCAAGGAGGGAUCUGUGUGUGUGAGCUCUGCUUUGUGCCUUGUGUCUGUCUCUCCUCUGGAUGCUGUCACUCCUGCCUGUACUCCCUCCUCCUCUGUUCCUCCCACUGCAGACCCUGCCUGGUCACCCCUGCCCUAUGCUUUGCACACCUUGCAGGGCACUGUCACCCCUCUACCUUGGCUUGGGGGCACUAUGCCUCCCUGCUUCCAGCAGCAGCAGUGACCCUCAGUGAUGCUUACAGGCAUUCCCGCCCUCGUCGUUUCCAGUUGUAGUCCUGCCUUGGCUCUCUUUCUCCUCCUCCUGGGACCUUCCUCACUCCCUCCCUGCCCCUCUGCAGCCCCGACCAAGGAGGGUUUCACAGGUGCCGUUGUGUCCCCCCCUCCGCUUGUCU